CAGAACAACUGAAAGCACACUAGUUAAAGAGGAAGACCUGCUCUAGAGAGACAAACUCGCAAAGAAUAACAUUAUUUACCUAUAUUUAAAGAGACCAGCUAAAGAAAACAGCCUGGAAAAUCACAGGACACUCUGAAGUUAGCUGUCGUGGAAAAUGCCUUUGAAUAAGAGGGAGGAGGACUCUACCCCUUUGGUGAUCAGAGACCGGGGAGGGAGUCAGACGUCCAGUUCCAGUGUGACCCCCGGUUUACAAGUGCACCUCUACUACUUUCCUGACACAAAGGCUGGAACGACAAUACACAUUUCCUCCAAACAGAUUUCUGCUGAAAAUGUCUGCAUCAAAGCAGGAGAGAUAUGCGGAAUCUUACCUGUGUACAUUGACCUCUUUGGAUUGACAUCUGCAGAUAUGUCAUUUUGGUAUCCUCCAUCGCACAUGUUUGACUCAGAUGAAAAUUUAGAAGUCCACUUUAGAGUCAGGUUUUUCUUUAGAAACUGGUUAGGUCAAGGAUCAAGAGCAUCAUGCCGCUACAGUCUAACAAGAGACAGAAUCAGUCCAGUGCUCGACUACAACGUCAUUGAUUAUCUUUUUGCUCAGAUGCGCAGCGAUUUCAUCUCCAGCAGAUGUGGAGUGGAGCCACCUUUGAGUGUCCAAGAAGAAUGUCUGGGCCUUGCUGUGUUGGACCUAUGGAGAAUGGCAAAAGAACGCCACCAGAGCAUAAGAGAGCUCUGCAAAACUGUCAGCUAUAAAUCUUGUCUUCCCAAGUCACAUCGCCAUGACAUCCAGAAACGAAACCGCCUGGACCGUUACAGAAUCAGGAACACGCUCAAGCGCUUCUUAAAGAAACUUGGAAACUGUUCAGUGGAUGAGUGCAGUUUAAAAAUCAAAUACCUGAUGGAACUGGCUGGCAUUGAGCCUUCGAUGGGAAGUGAGACCUUCCAUGUGAGCCAUUUUUCUUCUCAAUCAAAGGCGCCAUUCAAACUUGUGCGGGUCACAGGAGACACAGGAAUUCAAACCAGUGGAGAUGAUGAUUCUGACGGCCCCCCGAAAUGGGAGACCUUCUGUGAUUUUGGGGAAAUUAUUGACAUCAGUAUAAAGAGGGUUUGCCAGGACCAAGCUUCUCAAGACAGCAGAAUGGUCACAAUAACUCACAAGGACGACAGAUGUUUGGAAGUAAACUUUAAGAGUCUCAAGGAGGCCUUUUCCUUUGUGUCUCUUGUGGAUGGCUACUUCAGACUGACCACAGACUCAAACAACUUUUUCUGCCAAGACAUUGCACCUCCGAGUAUUCUAUACAGAAACAAAAAUGACUGCCACGGCCCAAUCACUUCAGAGUUUGCAGUGAACAAGCUGAAAAAGUCAGGGUGCAGAGGUGGCACCUUUCUUCUUCGACAGAGUCCCAAAAACUAUGGCAAAUACUUCCUCACAGUCUGUGUUCAGACCGAGCUCGGCUUAGAUUACAAAGACUGUCUAAUCAUUAAAAAUGAGCACUACACCCUCCCUGGUGUCCAGAAGUUCUUUUCCAGCUUAAAGGAGCUCACCAGCUAUUAUCAAAUGAACAUGCUGCUGUUGGCUGAGAUACCUGUCAAGUUAGCUCGCUGCUGCCCACCUCGGCCCAAAGAGCUCACCAACCUGAUCAUCAUACGCAACAGCAGCGCUGUUGAGGUUCAGGGGUCGCCGAUACCAGACAGGAACAAGUUCAGCCACAUCCAGUUCCAGAUGAUCAAAUAUGAAGACCUGAAAUGGGUUGAAAGCCUUGGACAGGGAUCCUUCACACGAAUUUUUAAAGGUUACAAAACCUACACACUUGACGGGGAGAAACACCAGACAGAAGUUCUCUUGAAAGAACUUGAUGCUGCUCACAAAAACUACUGGGAGUCGUUCUUCGAGGCCGCAAGUUUGAUGACUCAGAUUUCACACAAACACCUCCUCUUUGUGUACGGUGUUAGUGUUCAUGGAGUAAAGAACAUCAUAGUGCAGGAGUUUGUCAAGCAUGGGGCCCUUGACCUUUAUUUGAAAAGGGCGAGAUCUGUGUCAGUGAGCUGGAAACUCAAUGUGGCCAAGCAGCUUGCGUGCGCCCUCAGCUUUCUGGAGGAACACAACAUUGUUCACGGAAACAUUUGUGCAAAAAAUCUGCUGCUGGCGAGAGAAGGUGACAAGGGCAGCUCUCCCUUCAUCAAGCUGAGCGAUCCCGGCAUUAGUGUGGCCAUGCUGGACAAGGAUGUUAUCUUGGACCGGAUUCCUUGGGUGGCACCGGAGGUGCUUGAGGCCCCAGAAAACCUGAUCCUGGAGUCUGAUAAGUGGAGCUUUGGUGCCACUGUGUGGGAAAUAUUUAACAACGGAAACUCCCUGCUGCAAGGCUGGAACCUAGAAAAGAAGCAGAAGUUUUAUGAGAAAAGGCACCAUCUGCCCCCCUCCCAGUGGACAGAGCUGGCAGAUCUCAUAGAUCAGUGUAUGGACUACGAGGCAGCGUUCAGACCUUCCUGUCGCAGUAUCAUCCGUCAGCUCAACAGUCUCAUCACAUCAGACUAUGAGAUACUUCAUUCCACUGAGCCGGUAACGCAGAGUCCAAUGUUCAGAAAUCUCAGUCCUGAUGAGCUCGAGCACCCUCUGUUUGAGGAGAGACAUCUAUGCUACAUCUCCCACCUGGGAAAGGGAAACUUUGGCAGUGUUGAACUUUGUCGUUACGACCCUCUUUGUGAUAACACCGGCGAGCUGGUUGCUGUGAAGAAGCUGCAAACCAACAAGCAGUCGAGCCUGGAGGACUUCCAAAGGGAGAUUAAAAUGCUUAGUGCUUUACACUUUGACUACAUUGUCAAAUACAAAGGAAUCUGCUACAGCAUGGGACGCCGCAGUAUGAGUUUAGUGAUGGAGUACCUACCAUAUGGCAGUCUGAUUGGUUACUUGGAGAGGAACCAACACAACAUCACGACCAGGCGGAUGCUGCUUUUUGCUUCUCAGAUCUGUCAGGGGAUGGAGUACCUGCAGAGUCAGCGUUAUGUCCACCGAGAUCUUGCAGCCAGAAACGUCCUUGUUGCAAGUGAUUCUCUGGUGAAAAUAGCAGAUUUUGGACUGACAAAGGUUAUUCCCUCUGACAAGGAGUACUAUCGAGUGUCACAGCCCGGAGAAAGCCCCAUCUUCUGGUACGCCCCAGAGUCCAUCAAUGAGUGCAGGUUCUCACACAAAUCGGAUGUGUGGAGCUUUGGAAUUGUUCUCCACGAGAUCUUCUCCUACUGUGACCCAAACUGCAACCCAAAAAGACUCUACAUGCAGGAAAUUGGACACAACAUGCAAGGUGCAUCCAUUUCAAUGCAUUUGGCAAAUAUUUUGAAAAAUAACUGGAGGCUGCCAGCUCCUCCAAACUGCCCACCCAAGGUCCACAGCUUGAUGCAUCAGUGCUGGUUGUACGGCUUUGAUGAGCGUCCGUGUUUCUCCAGCCUGGGAAGCCAGAUUGAGAGCAUCAUGCAGGAUGAAAGAGAAAACCUUAAAGGCUGAGAAGCUGUUUCCUUACAGAAAAGAAGCAGAAGUUUCACCGUUUUGUGUCCACAUGAACACUGGAUAUGCAUGUUUGGUGUACAUCAGCCACUAAAGCAGAAGACAAGUUUUUUUUUUUAUCAUUUAGUCAGAAAUAUAUUUUUUGACAAUUGACUGAAAUCUUUAAGUUUUUCUAAGUUUGCAAUUGCUAUGCAGUGCAGGUUUGAUAUACUUUUAUUUUUGUAUGUAAGUUUUCAUUUCUUAGACUAGCGCUUGUUACCAGAUACAUUAUCAUCAGUAUUUUUUAGUAGUAUAAAAGUGUUUAUUUUACAUAUUUACAUCAAAGACCAGAAAAAUUGAUUGAAAAACUAAAAAUGUUUGAAAAUACCUCGAACACCUUGAUGCCUACUCUGCAAAAAUCUGCAUCAGCUCCAAAAUUAUCUUAUUAUAAUUUGAGAUGACUAUAAAAAAAAUAUUUUUGUUGUUUUUUUUAAUAUUACAUCACAUGAAAAUGGAAAUAGAACUUCCAUUUCUAAAGCCUUCUUUAGUGUUUUGUUUCUUCUACUGUUUUUCAUAGUCAAUAAACAUAUUUAUUUACAUUUUUUGCUAAAUAUAACAAAUUAAUGUUGAUGCUUUUUAAUUUUUUUAAAUUUCUUUCUUUUCACAGGGUAUGCAAAAGUUCCCAAAACCCUUAAAUUAGGAUGGCUAUUUCUUUUCUCAAUGGGUUUUUAUAUUUUUGCUGGUUGCUUGUGUACUAUCUUUGCAAAACAUAUUUGUAGAAUACUACAAUCAACUAUUUGCUUAAACUUUGAACUCCCUUAUUAAAGGAAUAAAAUAGGAGAA